AAUAUGUGAUGACAAAUGCACCGCUCAAAUGCCCUUUUGACGUCGGACUCGGAAUGAAACCAACCGACCAACCGUUCUAUAGGAAACGCGGUUCGUUAGAGACCCCAUCAUCAUCUCUCCCUCAAAAACCCUCACUCAGUCGCUCGCUAGUCAAUCCAUCCCGCCACUACUAUUUAUAGAAACCCUUCGUUAACCCCUGAUUCUCAAAACCCACCCAACACUUUCCGUUUCGAGAUAUGGUGAAAAAGAACCCGAACCUGAACCCGAAAGUGCCAGUACCCGUUCAGAACGAGGAGAUCGACUGGGAGAUGAGGCCAGGUGGCAUGCUUGUCCAGAGGCGAGAAGACGGCGAUGACGCCUCUGCUGCUUCUGCUUCCGCCUCCUCCCGUGGGCCCAUGAUCAAGAUCGACGUCGUCCACGGCCCAGCCCACCAGGCCCAAUACGAGCUCUUUGUUCCUGCUCACUCCACUUUCGGGGAUGUGAAGAUACAUCUUGCACAGAAGACUGGUUUGGAGCCAAGUGCGCAGAAGCUCUUUUUCAGGGGGAAAGAGAAGGAGGAUGAGGAGCAGUUGCACAUUGCGGGUGUGAAGGAUAAUUCCAAGGUUCUGCUUAUGGAGGACCGGAAACCCGAAGAGAAGAAGGUUGAGGAGUUGAAGGAAAGCAACGCUGGAGAGGUUGGAGACAAUAGCAAUGCUGAUGAGAUUGGAGUCAAAAGCAGUGACAUGUCAAAAGCUUUUCAAGCGAUUGCUGAAGUCAGAGCUGAGGUUGACAAGCUCGCGGAUAGGGUUGCUGCCUUGGAAGUGGCUGUUGGCGGGGGCACCAAGGUUUCCGAUAAAGAAUUUGCCAUAUCAACAGAGCUGCUCAUGAGGCAGUUGCUGAAAUUGGACGGCAUUAAAGCAGAUGGGGAAGCAAAAAUGCAACGGAAGGCAGAGGUACGACGUGUCCAGCACUUUGUGGAUGCACUGGACACUCUGAAGGUGAGGAACAACAAUCCUUUCAACAACAGUAGCAAUGCUGCCUCAGUAACAACCAAAUGGGAGACCUUUGACUCUGGAGUGGGAUGCCUGAGUGCCCCAACCCCAAUGCCAUCUUCAACAGAAGUAAAUCAGGACUGGGAACACUUCGAUUAGCAAAAAAAAUUCUCUACCAUAUUCUGUUUUUCAAGAUUUAUUGUGGAACAUGAAAUAUUUGGCAUGCAAACUGGCUAUUUUUGGGUGCUGGUGCCCGCUUUGACAGUUCAUGAUCUGUAUAAUUGUAAUUGCUGUCUAUUGCUGUGAAGGAAACUACCAUCUGCUUAGAGCAAAUGGAAUUGGUAUAUUUUGGAUUUUUUUUUUUUUUGCGCA